CCCCCCCCCCCCCCGUCUUGCACGCGUGUGUGCAAGUCCUAAUCCGUGGUGCACGGCACCGAGACGCAGCCGUGGAGCUAGUCCGCGCAGCAUUCGGUGUUGAUCCCAGGCUUAGCUUUCUCGUCGCCCAGGGUUUCGAAGGUCAGGUGUGGUUUUUUGGAGUGGUGUGUUCGUUUUUUCGCAUCAGUGCGAUGCUGAGGGGCCGCGGGUUCAUCUGUAUGUUGGUGGUGGUCUAGACGGAGAAGAGGAGAGCCACUGGAAUACGAUAGUAUUUAUUUUUGUACUUGGACCCGAGGUCGUCUUGCGCCGAGUUUUUAUUGAGUGGCCUGGUUGCGUGGCGUGGUUGGUAGGGGUUUUGUUCCGGUUUUGCGGUCGAAGUGGGGAGGUCUUGAGCUUGGACGUGCUUCCUUACCGUGAAAAUGUGGCCUGCGGAUAGUAUUUGGGUUGGAGAAGAGGUCCUCGAUAAGGCGAGGGGGAAUGAAAGAGGACAGGAUGUGCACAUGGUUUGUGAGUGACUAGGUGGAGGCUAAGAUUUCGUCGUGAAGGCCGGCUUCUAGGUUUGGUAGUUUGUUUGUUUUUUAUUAUGAGCAUCACAAGGUGCUUGGAAUUUCAGGGGCAGGUGGCGGCAGGGAUUAGCCUUGGGGAGGCCCUUUUCGUGCUUCACGUUACGUUGUUCUGUGCGGAAAUCGCAGUUGAAAGUCUGCGCUGAUUUGCGUUGACCGUUGCGUCUUUUUGGCUUACCGGUUCUAAUGCCCUGCGAAGAAGAAGUUUCUAUUUGGUAGGUUGCUGUUUCAGCGUGCCUGCUGUGAGCACUUAGGGGACCCUAGGUACUUUUUGAAACUCGCAAUGCAGGAAUGCUCCUUGUGGAGUUCCGGGUGCGUUGGGAAGCUAUAAUUCUUCACCACUUUCUAUGUCAGGGUUUUGAGACUUCUACCAGGAAUUGGUAAGGUGAUAUUUUCGCGGUUACAAGCCACUCUACGUGUACACUACAUAGAAGUCAUCUCGACCACGGUAGGUUUCCGAGAGGUGCCCAAGGACUUUAUUGGCGCAGCUCAUCCUGUGAUCGGUAAUCUGAGAUUGUCGACAUAACUGGCUUGCUCCGAUAAGUAGCGAGAUGAAACGAGUAGAAAGCAAGAGGGAUUUAUUGGAGAGGUUAAUUGCAGCCCGUCGAAAGUAGAGUUAGACGCGUUUUUCGUUCAAAUACUCUUUGUUUGAAGCCUCUAUGCCUUGUCAUUGAGAAGAAAAUUGACUGCAAGUGGUGGUCAGUGUUGCGGCAAUGCAUUUAGACUUCGAGAUCAACUAUUUUUGUUAUUGCAAUAUUAUCAUUCUCGCACCGAGCAGCCUAACUUCGAGAGCAGAAUUGUAUACCGCCAUGGUCUAUUUUUCUAUAUAAAGGCCAAUUAUUCAACCAUACGCAGUAUACUAAAUAUAACAUUUACAACUUGACGUAACAAAGGUAUUUGCUAAGUCUUGGUAGGGCAAAGUCAGAGUCACAUAUUUUUUGCUAUAGUGAGCAAUGUUCGGGUUCCUCUUUAGCCCCAUACACUGACUGUACGGACAGAAGGUGCAGCAAUGUCUGCACUGGGGACAGUAAAGAGGGAAGAGGGGGCGGACGAUGUAUACGAACUCAGCUCCAGCAGUACCAACAGCGAUGAACCCAGAGACGGAGACGAACUGGGUAAGAGAGCCAGUCCACAGGAAAACCCUUGGAGUGAAGGCUUUGUGCAGAAGAAGCAGAAAGUAGAGCCUGUGGAUGAUCUACGAUUGAAUGCGUGGAGAUAUGAGGAUUUGAAGAAUCAUGCGCAUGGAGAUUCAGACCUUGGUCAAGAAUCGAAGAUUGUUUCACCGGUUGCUUUACCUUUUUUCCCUCAACCCUCUCUCGAUGAGUCUGCGCGGAAGACGCCCGAGUCUCGAACCUCCUGCAAACAGUUCUGGAAAGCUGGAGACUAUGAAGGGCAACAUGCCGUUGUCACGCAAAAAGCAGGUGCAAUUGAUCACGUUAGAGUCCAUCCGAAGUUUCUACACUCCAAUGCAACAAGCCAUAGAUGGGCUCUUGGAGCUGUUGCUGAACUAGUGGACAACGCUGUGGACGAGGUGUUGAAUGGCGCAUCGUUUGUUAAUGUUGAUGUGUCUUUACAUCCUAGAAAUCGUUCCCCAAUGCUCGUCAUUGAAGAUGAUGGCGGCGGGAUGACUCCUGAUCGCAUGCGUCAAUGCAUGUCCCUUGGAUACUCUGCUAAGAGCAAAGGUGCCAACACGAUCGGUCAAUAUGGAAAUGGUUUUAAGACUAGCACCAUGCGCCUUGCUGCUGAUGUUAUUGUCUUUUCUCGAUCUCGUGCAUCUAAUGGGCACAGAGCUACGCAGAGUAUUGGUAUGCUCUCUUUUACCUUUUUGAGACAAACUGGACAUGACGACAUAGUUGUUCCAAUGAUUGAUUAUGAAAUUGGAGAUGGCGAGGUGUGGAAAAUGUUGAGGACAACUUUGAACGAUUGGACUCACAACUUAGAAACAAUUCAGACUUGGUCUCCUUACGGUAGUGAGGAAGAGUUAUUUGACCAGUUUACAGGAAUGAAAGACCAUGGUACAAAAAUCGUCUUGUACAAUCUGUGGGAGGAUGACCAGGGUCAACUCGAGCUAGACUUCGACACAGAUCCUUCUGAUAUUCAAAUCAGGGGAGCGAAUCGUGAUGAGAAGAAAAUUCAAAUGGUUCAGCGGUUUCCGAACUCUAGACAUUUCCUCACUUAUCGUCACUCUUUGCGGAGUUAUGUCUCGAUUUUGUACUUGAAGAUGCCUCCUGGCUUUAAAAUCAUCCUCCGGGGACAGGAAGUUCAACAUCACAAUCUUACUGACGAUUUAAUGUUCACUCAAGAACUCACAUAUAGGCCACAAAGUGGGGCUGAGCAUGUUACAAAAGAAGCUGAUAUGGUGGCAGUUGUGACUAUUGGGUUUGUAAAGGAUGCUAAGGAUCAUGUUAACAUACAAGGUUUCAAUGUGUACCACAAAAACCGACUGAUUAAGCCAUUUUGGAAAAUUUGGAAUUGCACUGGUAGCGAUGGGCGAGGCAUAAUAGGAGUGCUUGAGGCCAACUUUGUUGAACCUGCUCAUGACAAGCAAGGCUUUGAGCGCACAACAGUUCUGUCACGCUUAGAGUCACGCUUGUUGCAAAUGCAGAAGAACUAUUGGGCAAAUAAUUGUCAUAAAGUGGGUUACGUAAGCAAAAGGAGUAAGAAGAAGAGUAUUCCACCCAUCUCUCUAUCCGGAGAAUGUGUUGUGAUUAGGGGGCAAGGUUCGACCAUGUCAUCUCCAAUUUCAGACCCCCAUGCUGACUUGCGCCUCUCUUUGCCAUCUAACUCAUUAAGUGAAGGUCGGAGAGGUGGAGGGGUUUUGCGAACUUAUGGAGAGAGUACAUCAGGAAGGCAACGGCUUGAAAUUGAACCUGCUUCUGCAAUAUCUAGAAGCGGGUCGCUUACUAAUGGAAACUCUGUGGCUAAGGUUAACGAGUCUGUUCCAAAAGAUAGUCGGAAAUCAUUGGAAGAUCUUGGAAGAAUGUUUGUAAGAAGGGCUGCUGUUGCAGAGGCUCCCCAUCCUCCACAAGGGCAGCAGCGUCCAGUCACUUCUAAUGGGCACAAGGCAGCAGUGGAAGUUGAAAUAUUGAAACAACUCAAAGAUGAAAAUGACCAAAUUCGAGAAAGAUGCCGGAGGCUGGAGGAGGCAAGUGAUCAGAGUCUUUGGUUUGAAAUUGAUCGAAAUCGCAAACUAGAAGCUCAGCUUCUGGAUUUAGAGCAACAACAGGCAGUUUACAGGCGCAAUUUAGAGAAAUGUAUUCGAGAACGGGACAGCCUGCAUGUUGCAUUGGAAGAGGAGCGACAGCUUCGAGAACAUGAAGAUGAAGAGAUGAGGAAGAAACUUAAGGUAGCACUGCUCCGUGUGCGAGAACUGGAAUCCGAGAACCACCGGUUGCGUUUCUCAAGGUGUUGAAUCCUCGUGUGUGAAUUGGUGAUCCGUUCACAAAAUCAUGAGAAACAUGUUAGUGCAUUCUAUCACAUUCACAGGCACUGCUUUUUGUACAGUUAUUUCAUGAUCUUGGUUUCACCACCACGGCUUUGCCUAUGAUGAGUAUUGGUUUACUCAUCAAACCAGUCGUGACGUCAAUGGUGCAGUAGGGACACAGUGUAGCGUGGUCUGUUUCGUACAUCUCUAGCCACCAUUGCAGAAUGGAGGUCUGGUCGAGGUAAGAGCAGAAAUUUUGUUUUGUUUAAACUCAGUUUGAACAUUCUUCUAUGAGGUUUGCAGUUGUGACGCAUAAGAUCACUGAUCACAGCUGUUUCAAACCUCCGACUGUAGACUUCAUGGUCAUGUUUCUACAGGUGCAGUUCUACGGAAAUAGUUCAUUCCAUGUACAAUUUAAGGCCCAAUAUGUACACCGAUUUUUAUUAGGAAUGGGAACCUUGCAGGCAAUGUUUCUGAUGAUUUUCAAUUAGUA